GAGAAAUGCCACCGCGACGUGUUACGAGAUCCACUCCGGCAUCACCUUAUGAGGUGCCAGAGCAGUCUGGAUCUGAUGAGGUUCAGGAGUUGCAUGCUCAGAUGAGCGCGUUAGUCGGGGCUAUGCAGAGACAGGAGGAGCAUAUAAAGAGUCUACAGGAUCUAAUGUCGCGACAGGCGACAACAGCAGCACCUGGGAGUCGUGAGGUACCUGUAUCUGAGGCGCCGACGACCGUGCCUCCUGCUCCGCCGACUGUUCCUCUAGUGGUUUCUGGGCCCACUGAUUCUGACUUGACUGCGACAGAGGCCGAGCGCGUGCGAUUUGUAAAGGUACUGGAGGCAUUUAUGCGGUUUAAUCCGCCUAUGUUUGACGGGAAAGAAGCAGAUCCGUGGCAAAAGACCAAGAAGAAGCGGGCAUCACACCUACCACCGCUUACUUGGGAGGAGUUUCGAGAGAUGUUAUUUAUGGAGUACUUUCCCGACAGCGAUAAAAGGAAAAUGAAAGAAGACUUUCGCAAGUUGAGACAGGAAAACCGUUCGGUACGGGAGUAUGAACGAGAAUUUACUCAUUUGGUGAACUGUGUGCCUGGUAUGGUUCAUACGGAUCGAGAUAAGACGGAGUACUUCGAGCGAGGGUUACGACCUGACAUAUUCAGGACAGUCAAUGCUCUGAAGUUGAAAACUUUUGAGGAAGUUUUAGAUCGAGCUCUUUGGAUUGAGCACGAAAAUGCGAUUGCGCGUGAUGAACGCGAAUCGUUUGAAAGGGAACGAGAAAGGAAAAAAGGGAAGAAGAGGACCACUAGUGGUGCUGGGGGACAGUCGAGCUCUAAACGGCCCCCUCGGUAUCCACGUUCCCAGCAGAGGUAUCAGGGACCGCAGAGAUGUGCGAUUUGCGGCGGGAAUCAUCGGGCGACGGCUUGCUCACAGCGGGAAGGUAAAUGUUUUAAGUGUGGACAGCCGGGACAUAUGAUUCGGGAUUGCCCGAGAGGAGCAUCAUCUGCACAGUCGACAGCUUCAGCCCAGUCACCCUCCAGACAAUGUUCUGGUUUACCACCUGCUAUGUCAGCUGGGCGUACUUUUGUGCCGCGUCAGUACGAGCCACCCCGACCUGCAUCGAGUACCCGUACAGAGACACCUCGAUCUGCGCCGAGUGGACGUGUAUUUGCAGCUCAGGCAGAGGAUCCUGCCGUGGUCGAUGAUGUCGUGGCAGGUAUUGUUCUACUUUAUGGUAUUAGAUCUCGUGCAUUAUUUGACACUGGUGCAUCUCAUUCAUUUAUCAGUAGUUCAUUUGCUAAAACACAUGAUAUUGAGAUUUCGGAUAGACCAGAUGCCUGGUGGGUCUAUGCUCCUGAGCACACGUUUAGUGUUCACGAGGAGUGUGCGGCGUGUCCAGUACAGAUUGGAGAUUGGAUUAUGCCAGCUGAUUUGCUAGUGUUGAAGCAAAUGAAAGGUUUUGAUAUAAUCCUUGGGAUGGAUUGGCUUACAAAGUAUUAUGCCACGAUUGAUUGCGAGAGUAAAGUUAUUACUUUUUGUGAACCCGAGCAGAAUGAAGUUGUAUAUCGAGCGUGCAAGAGUUCGCUCUUUGUACUGACUGUAUCGUCGACGAGGGCGAGAAAGUUGAUUAGUAGUGGAUGCACAGCCUAUUUGGCGACUGUAGUGGAGACUCAAAAGGAACUUCCAGUACUGAGUGACAUUCCAGUGGUUCGAGAGUUUCCUGAUGUAUUUCCUGCGGAGUUACCGGGAUUACCGCCAGAUCGGGAAAUUGAGUUCGUUAUCGACUUGGUUCCCGGAACGACGCCAAUUUCGAAGGCUCCGUACAGAAUGCACCUGCUGAGUUGA